AUUUUAUUUUUUGCUACGUGGGGUGGGCAUUUCUCAUGCUGGAUAAGCAUAAAGACGCCGUCAGAAAAGCUGUGAUGCUGCGGCGUCUUAUAUCGCAGACAUCAUCGGUCAUGCUUGAUGUGGAUGCAUGACAAAACACCCAGACCCAGACAUAAUUGCAACGCAUGAACUUUGAUGCUGACACAUCAUUUGCUGUGGAUGCAAUUCCUUGCACGACGAGCUUGCACUCGUAAAGGGCGAGCUGCACUACCUCGGGGAGGCCAAGAAGAUAUGGGAAGAGCUCUCGUAUCAAAAGGAAAAGUCCCCUCUCCCCAUGUCAAAACGGAAAUCUGUUAUGCGGGAUUUGUGUAAACAAAUCAAAUCUGUCAUGCAGUAGAGGACUGCACGCACUUCGCAAGCCUAGGCACGGGCCGCUUGGUGUAGGCGUCUAGCAUGGUAAACGUCUGCAAUGUAGGCCUCACAGCGUCACAAAUCACCUGUGUAUUAACGCGGCGGAUUCUCUGCAUUUGCCUUCCUGCAAGACAGACAGGAUUUGUGGUGACAAAUCUGCAAAGCAAAUUCUCAGAAGGAUGCGCUUUCAACAUGGGGAGGGGGGAUUUUUCGUUGCGAUAUCUUGCAGCGGAAGGUCAGACGGCUAUCGUGCGCAAAGUCGUCCCUAUCAACAGGAGGUCGCACAUUGAACAGUGAUUCUGCUGUCAAAACCGCUUCGGUGCUACAACCGUUGAUAAGGAAGGUGAAUUUUACACAGGAUAACGCAAUAGUCGCGAUUUAGACAAGGAGGUGGAGGACACCGAUCCCGCGACGACGGCUGAGGCCGCCAUAUCAAGACGGAUCAAGGAACUGGAAGUCGAAAGAGACGUACUCGCGGUAUCACCUGCUGGAGGGCUGUCAUGGUCACAAGUUUUUGGUCAACGAAGAGUAUGUACAGAAAGACUGUGCGACCAGCACUUAGCAAGUGCAUCAUGCAGAAUUACAAUUUGAAUCGUAGGACCGAUAAGAAAAAGAGAAAAAAAUGACAUGAGCAAGCCGUUUUUUUAUGUUAUACGCGGAGACGUUGGCGAAAUACUUCGUCCUGCGCACGGCGAAGCCCGGCCGACCACCGCAGCCGAGUGGGAGCAAGGCGUCGACGCACGCUAUCGCAUGUUGAUCGGACUGAAUUCAAAGGCAGACGCGGCGUCUCCACUCAGUGCGAACGAGCAGGCUUUGCGCAAGAAGUAGACCGCUGCCGCGGAUUUUUCUCGUGGGCGCGUGAUUGCGUCACAAGUCAAGAAUUUAAGUAUAGCGCAGGAGGUUCCUGCAGCUUUUCACGCGACUCGUCUAUUGCUGCAGUGCGUAGACGCCGUUGCCUUUGAACUCAAAUAGUUUUUCGUCCCAUACGCCCAUCCUCCCCAGAGGACGCGCCGUCUUCGCCGGAGCUAGUGGCGUACCAAAAAGAAAAGCCCUCCCUUGAGAACUCAAAGCGAGCGCGUUGCUGCUUUCCUGUUUAGCAAACAGGAAACAAGCUGCUCCCUCACAGCGUGCAUCUCGUCUUCCGCCUGCUACUUCGCCCUGGAGCAGGACAAAAAGCAGCUACGUCCACUUUCAGAACGCGGAAAGCAAGGGAUGGAGGUUUUUCUUUCUGAUAUGAUCGAAAAU